AUGCCGCUCCUUCAAAUUGGUUACAAGAAGAUCCACUGCACUGAUCUGAAGCCGGAGAAAGAUGUGCGCGAAACGUUCAUCUUCAUGCACGGCCUGGGGUCAUCGCAGCAAUAUUACCAUGCCGUCGCACAGGGACUAGUAGUCCAUGGCUUUCGAUGCAUUCUCUUCGACAAUACCGGCGCUGGAAGAUCCCCGUAUACGUACGUUGAACAGAGCAUAGAGACUCUUGGAGACGAUGUUGUCGGCGUCCUGGAUGCGCUGGGCGUAUCGAAGGCUAUCGUCGUGGGACAUAGUAUGGGAGGUAUCGUGGGCGCACACCUCGCCGCUGAGCGGAGCGACCGGUUCGUCGCAGCCAUCCUUAUCGGUCCCGUGUACCCCAACGAUAACGCUGUUCCGAUAUUCGAGAAGCGCAUAGAGACGGUGCAGAAGGAAGGCAUGCAGGUCAUGGCGGACACGGUUCCGUAUGCUGCAGUAGGCAAGAACGCUUCGCCUCUUGCCAAAGCCUUUAUCCGUGAGCUGCUCCUGGGACAGGAUCCUGCUGGAUACUGCUCCAACUGCCGAGUCAUCGUCAACGCCAAACCGCCCAACUACGGCAAGAUCAACAUCCCAAUCCUCAUACUAGCUGGCGAAGAGGACAAGAGUGCGCCGCUCGAAGGUUGUGAGAAGAUGUUUGGCGAGAUGGGGACGAGCGAGAAGAAGCUGGAGAUAAUGCAGGGCGUUGGCCACUGGCACUGCCUCGAAGCAUUUUCUGAAGUCACUGACUUGAUACUGGCAUUUUACCACGAGAUACAAUGA